AUGUCUGUGGUAGGUUCGUUGAUCUUCUGUACGCAGUGUGGAAAUCUGCUUGAUUCUGUCACCCAGAAACCCACGUUGGACUGCCAGGUGUGUGGCAAAUCAUACGGGUCUAAAAACUUUGCCAACCUCAAGGUAACCACCCAUACAGCUGAUGAUGCAUUUCCCUCUAUUCUAAAAUCCAAGAGUUCUCUGGUGAAAACUGUGCUGAAGUCCAACGAGCUAGAAGAAGGGGCUACUAUCAAGGAGAAGUGUCCGCAAUGUGGUAACGAGGAAAUGCAAUAUCACACUCUGCAGUUGAGGUCUGCAGAUGAAGGUGCAACGGUUUUCUACACCUGCACUUCCUGCGGUUAUAGAUUCAGAACGAACAACUAG